GCCUAGAAAAAAAAAAAAGUGUGUGGCUCCACCUACUUGAGGUUCCUCUUGGCUCUGAAAGUUGUGGCUCCACGAUAGGCUUCGGCUGCUUUCUGGAACCUCGUUCUGAUCCCUUUAAAGGUGGGAUCAUGACGGAGGGCGCAGGGGAAGAAGGCGGGAGCCGAGGGCUGGAGUCUCGGUUGACAUAGUAACUCCAGCGCUGUCUCCCGGGCUCUCGGCUCUCAGGCUCCGCUGCCGCCCUCCGACCCGCCUGGGCUCGCUCGGCCCGGGAGCCCUAGCCACCUCCUUGAGGGUCCCCGGCUCCGUCUGCUUGGCGCCCCGCUACGUGGCGACUGCUUCCCGGGCCCGCGGGGCAGCCGCGCGCGGAUCUUAGCCCGCGGGGCGUCUGCGCGCCCAGCCUCAGCCUCGCCCCGGGGGCGCAGGGCCGCCGCGGGCCCCUGCGCACCGGGUCCCCGCGGGAAUUGCUGAGGCGGCUCCGUCACGAGCGGGACCCCGGCCCGUCAAUCGGGCUUCCCCGCCAUGAACCAGAGCCCGGCCGCGUUCGGGCCCCGGAGGGGCGGCUCUCCCGCUGUGGCGGCCGGGGCUGGCGCACGGCGCAACGAGAGCCAAGACUACCUGCUCAUGGACUCGGAGCUGGGAGACGACGCGCAGCCCCCGCUGCCUGCCUACGGCUACUACCCCUGCCUCCGGGGCACCGACAAUAGACUGACCCAUCGGCGGCAGACAGUUCUCCGUGAGAAGGGGAGACGGUUAGCUAACCGAGGACCAGCGUACAUGUUUAACGACCACUCAACAAGCCUAUCUAUUGAGGAGGAACGCUUUUUAGAUGCAGCUGAGUAUGGCAACAUCCCAGUGGUAAGGAAGAUGUUGGAAGAAUGCCUCUCACUCAAUGUCAACUGUGUGGAUUACAUGGGCCAGAACGCCCUGCAGCUGGCAGUGGCUAAUGAGCAUCUGGAAAUUACAGAACUUCUUCUCAAGAAAGAAAAUCUCUCACGCGUUGGGGAUGCCUUGCUUUUAGCUAUUAGUAAAGGUUAUGUUCGGAUUGUGGAAGCCAUUCUCAGUCACCCAGCUUUUGCUGAAGGCAAGCGGUUAGCAACAAGCCCCAGUCAGUCUGAACUCCAGCAAGAUGAUUUUUAUGCAUAUGAUGAAGACGGGACACGGUUCUCCCAUGACGUGACCCCCAUCAUUCUGGCUGCCCACUGCCAGGAAUAUGAAAUAGUGCACACCCUCUUGCGGAAGGGUGCUCGGAUCGAACGGCCUCAUGACUAUUUCUGCAAGUGCAGUGAAUGCAACCAGAAACAGAAGCAUGACUCCUUCAGCCACUCCAGAUCUAGAAUUAAUGCCUACAAAGGCCUGGCGAGCCCAGCUUACCUGUCAUUGUCUAGCGAAGACCCAGUCAUGACAGCUUUAGAGCUUAGCAAUGAGCUGGCAGUGCUGGCCAACAUAGAGAAGGAGUUCAAGAAUGACUACAAAAAACUGUCAAUGCAGUGCAAAGAUUUUGUUGUUGGACUCCUUGAUCUGUGCAGAAAUACCGAAGAAGUAGAAGCCAUUCUGAAUGGGGAUGUUGAAAUACACCACAGUGGUGGAGAUCACUAUCGUCCUAACCUCAGCCGUUUAAAACUUGCCAUUAAAUAUGACGUAAAAAAAUUUGUAGCCCAUCCAAACUGCCAACAGCAGCUCCUGUCCAUAUGGUAUGAGAACCUUUCCGGGCUGCGGCAGCAGACCAUGGCGGUCAAGUUCCUCGUGGUCCUCGCCGUUGCCAUGGGACUGCCCUUCCUGGCUCUCGUUUACUGGUUUGCUCCGUGCAGCAAGAUGGGGAAGAUAAUGCGUGGACCAUUCAUGAAGUUUGUGGCACACGCUGCCUCCUUCACCAUUUUUCUGGGACUGCUAGUCAUGAAUGCAGCUGACAGAUUCGAAGGCACCAAAAUCCUUCCUAAUGAAACCAGCACAGAUCAUGCAAAACAGCUGUUCAGGAUGAAAACAUCCUGCUUCUCAUGGAUGGAGAUGCUCAUUAUUUCCUGGGUAAUAGGCAUGAUAUGGGCUGAAUGUAAAGAAAUUUGGACUCAAGGCCCCAAGGAGUACUUGUUUGAGUUGUGGAAUAUGCUUGAUUUUGGAAUGCUGGCAAUCUUUGCAGCAUCAUUCAUUGCAAGAUUCAUGGCAUUUUGGCAUGCUUCCAAAGCCCAGAGCAUCAUUGAUGCAAAUGAUACUUUAAAGGAUUUAACAAAAGUUACACUGGGAGACAAUGUGAAAUACUACAAUUUGGCCAGGAUAAAGUGGGACCCCUCUGAUCCUCAAAUUAUAUCUGAAGGUCUUUAUGCAAUUGCUGUAGUUUUAAGUUUCUCCAGAAUAGCCUACAUUUUACCAGCAAAUGAAAGCUUUGGACCUCUGCAGAUAUCACUUGGAAGAACAGUAAAAGAUAUCUUCAAGUUCAUGGUCAUAUUCAUCAUGGUGUUUGUGGCCUUUAUGAUUGGAAUGUUCAACCUCUAUUCCUACUACAUUGGUGCAAAGCAAAACGAAGCCUUCACAACAGUGGAAGAGAGUUUUAAGACACUGUUUUGGGCUAUAUUUGGACUUUCUGAAGUGAAAUCAGUGGUCAUCAACUAUAAUCACAAAUUUAUUGAAAACAUCGGUUAUGUUCUUUAUGGAGUCUAUAAUGUUACAAUGGUCAUUGUUUUGCUAAACAUGUUAAUUGCAAUGAUCAACAGUUCAUUCCAGGAAAUUGAGGAUGAUGCUGAUGUGGAAUGGAAAUUCGCAAGGGCCAAACUUUGGUUUUCUUACUUUGAGGAGGGAAGAACUCUUCCUGUUCCCUUCAACCUGGUGCCAAGUCCAAAGUCCCUGUUUUAUCUCUUAUUGAGGCUUAAAAAGUGGAUUUCUGAAUUGUUCCAGGGCCAUAAAAAAGGUUUCCAGGAGGAUGCAGAAAUGAACAAGAAGAGAAAUGAAGGAAAGAAAUUUGGAAUUUUGGGAAGUCAUGAAGACCUUUCAAAGUUAUCACUUGACAGAAAACAGUUUGCACAUAGUAAACAAUCAAGUAUAAGGAGCUCAGAAGAUUUCCAGUUAAACAGUUUCACUAAUCCUCCAAGACAAUAUCAGAAAAUAAUGAAGAGGCUCAUUAAAAGAUAUGUAUUACAAGCCCAGAUAGACAAGGAAAGUGAUGAAGUGAAUGAAGGGGAACUGAAGGAAAUUAAACAAGACAUCUCAAGUCUCCGCUAUGAACUCCUUGAAGAAAAAACUCAGAAUUCAGAAGACCUGGCAGAACUUAUUAGAAAACUUGGGGAGAAAUUAUCAAUGGAGCCAAAUCAAGAGGAAAGCAAUAGAUAAUGCAGAGACUUUCUUAAAAAUUCAUAUUUAUUCGUCCACUUGAAGCCAUAUUAUUUUCUGAUUUAUUUUUUUAAGUGCCACUGUGACCAGCUUUUGAAAAAGAAAAAGUUCAAAGAUAACUUGGGUCAUCCGAUCAUUUGGAAUUCUACUAUUUAAUAUUUAUGGUGAUUAAAUUUCAUUAUUCAGGUUAAAGAUUGCAGAUUAUGAUGAAAAUUACACCCAAUUGUUUGGUGCUUUUCUUCAUAAACUGCUUUCUUGGGUCUAACUAUUUUUGAUUA